AUGAAUAAAAAGCAGAUAAAAUAAGAUAAGCUUCUUAAAAAAAAGGUAUUGUAUUAAGAGUACUGGAAAACUAUUUUUAACUAAUCCAAUAAAGCAAAAGACAAAAUUAAAGAUGGAGACACUAGUACUAAUAUUGUUGAACUUUUAUCAAAAGGGGAAAGCAAUUAAAAUAAAGAUAAAUUAGAAUAAGGUUUUGACAAAAUAUUAUCAGAAUAGAAUCACAUUCUUAAAUUACCAAAAGUAUUAUUAUUAAUAAAAAAGGACUAAAAUCCAAUUCAAGAAAAUAGAAUUUUACAAUAGAAGACAGAAAGUAAAACAUUAUUACAAAAUAAAGCAACUCAAUUAUCUCCACAACCUCAAUUUGAUGAAUAAAUUAAAUCCACUUCGAGAAAUGUGUAAACUUAGAAUAUAACUUAAAAAAUUACUAUCACCGAUACUAAGAGUUUAGAAUCAGGAAAUAAAUAAAUAGAUAUAAACAAAGACAUCAAUGAUAAUGUUAUACAAAAUGAAGUAAAAUAAGUAUUAAUAAAUGUUUCUCCUUAAGAAUAAUUACAUUCUAAUGUACAAUCUUAAACUAAAUUUGGAAUUACUUAAUAACAAUAUUAAUAAAAAGAAUAACAGUAAGAAUAAUAACUAAAUAAAUGUAAAUAAACUAAUUCUUAACUCAAACCUGUCUCAAAGAAUAAUAUCAAUUAAUUAGAAUAGACUCACUAAAAAGGGUUAAUUAAUGAAAGUCAUGAUAUUAUUAAAGAUAUUCCUAAUACUUAAUAGUAAUUGAAGAUUUAAAAUAAUAAAAUAAAUAUAGAUACUGAUAAAUGCAUCAAGAACUAAUUUGAAAGAACUUAAAAAUCUGUACUUUUAAUUGAUAUUUUAGGAACAUUUCAUGAAUGAUUAAAUAAAAACCCUUAAACCAUAAGAUAAAUCCAAUAUUGCAUAAUAAUUGACAACAACAAAUGAUUCAAAUAAUAAAUCAAUAGAAAAUGAUAAUAAACAAUAACAAAUGAAAAUCUCAAAUGAUGGUUUAAUUUAAGAAAACAUAAAGUAAUAGUCUGAAUAAAAAGAUUAAGUUAAUCAAUAAAAUGAAUCAAAUACAACUUCAAAUUAAAUUGUUACUAGAUCUCAACUCAAAGCUGUUCAUAAGAUUAUGAGAACAUUGAAUCAAAAAGUAAAUUAUAUUAUUAAAAAAAAGCUUCAUUAAGAUGAUAUAAAAAUUCAAGUUAUUUGGGAUGAAGUUUUAGCUUAAUAAUCUGAUUUGGUACCUAAUUUUGAGAAAUUUAUUUAAUGCAUUCAAUUCUUGCAUAAUUUAGAAAAGGCACAUUUUGAUUAAUAAAAAUUGACUGCUUAAUUAUUGUGA